GCCGCCGCAGCCGCCGCCGCCGCCCGAGCGCCCGCCAUGCGCGCCGCCCCCGCCGCCCCGCUGCUCCAGCUGCUGCUCCUGCUGGGGGCGAGGCUCCAGGCUGCGGGAGUCGUGGAGCCACCGCUGCCCGCCGUGGUCCUUACCAUCCUGGCCCGCAAUGCCGAGCACUCACUGCCCCACUACCUGGGCGCGCUGGAGCGGCUGGACUACCCCCGGGCCAGGCUGGCCCUCUGGUGUGCCACGGACCACAACACGGACAACACCACACAGAUGCUGCAGGAGUGGCUAGCCGCUGUGGGUGAUGACUAUGCAGCUGUGGUCUGGAGGCCUGAGGGGGCGCCCAGGUCCUACCCAGAUGAAGAGGGUCCCAAGCACUGGACCAAAGAAAGGCACCAGUUUCUGAUGGAGUUGAAACAGGAAGCCCUGACCUUUGCCAGGGACUGGGGGGCUGACUACAUCCUGUUCGCAGAUACAGACAACAUUCUGACCAACAACCAGACACUGAGGCUUCUGAUAGAGCAGCGGCUGCCCGUGGUGGCCCCCAUGCUGGACUCCCAGACCUACUACUCCAAUUUCUGGUGUGGGAUCACCCCCCAGGGCUAUUACCGCCGCACAGCCGACUACUUCCCCACCAAGAACCGCCAACGCCGGGGCUGCUUCCGUGUCCCCAUGGUCCAUUCCACCUUCCUGGUAUCCUUGCGGGCUGAGGGAGCAGCCCAACUCGCCUUCUACCCCCCUCACCCCAACUACACCUGGCCUUUCGACGAUAUCAUUGUCUUCGCCUACUCCUGCCAGGCUGCUGGAGUCACGGUCCACGUGUGCAACGAGCACCGUUAUGGGUACAUGAACGUGCCUGUGAAAUCCCACCAGGGGCUGGAGGACGAGAAGGUCAACUUCAUCCACCUGAUCUUGGAGGCGCUAGUGGACGGGCCCCCCAUGUGGGCCUCAGCUCACGUGUCCCGGCCCCCAAAGAAACCCAGCAAAAUGGGGUUUGAUGAGGUCUUUGUCAUCAGCCUGGCCCGCCGGCCCGACCGCCGGGAACGCAUGCUAAGCUCGCUCUGGGAGAUGGAGAUAUCUGGACGCGUGGUGGAUGCUGUGGAUGGCCGGACACUCAACAGCAGUAUCAUGAGGAGCCUCGGCGUGGACCUGCUCCCCGGCUACCAGGACCCCUACUCAGGCCGCACACUGACCAAGGGCGAGGUGGGCUGCUUCCUCAGCCACUACUCCAUCUGGGAGGAGGUGGCUGCCAGGGGCCUGGCCCAGGUCCUAGUGUUUGAGGACGAUGUGCGCUUUGAGAGCAACUUCAGGGGGCGACUGGAGCGGCUUAUGGAGGAGGUGGAGGCAGAGAAGCUCCUGUGGGACCUGAUCUACCUGGGCCGGAAGCAGGUGAACCCUGAGGAAGAGGCAGCCGUGGGGGGGCUGCCACACCUGGUGGUGGCCGGGUACUCCUACUGGACGCUGGCGUAUGUCUUGAGCCUGGCGGGUGCUCGCAAGCUGCUGGCCUCCCAGCCCCUGCGCCGAAUGCUGCCUGUGGACGAGUUCCUACCCAUCAUGUUUGACCAGCACCCCAAUGAGCAGUACAAGGCGCACUUCUGGCCACGGGACCUGCGUGCCUUCUCUGCGCGGCCCCUGCUCGCUGCUCCCACCCACUACGCAGGGGACGCCGAGUGGCUCAGCGACACGGAGACAUCCUCACCCUGGGACGAUGACAGCGGCCGCAUCAUCAGUUGGAGUGGCUCUCACAAGACGCUGCGUGGCCCCCCCCUGGACCUGGCUGGCAGCAGCGGGCACAGUCUCCACCCCCACCACCCCCGGGACGAGCUCUAGGUCCAGGCAGUGACUCCAGAAGAGCUCUCAGGAGCAGGCCGCAGCUGGCCAGGGAGCGGACCUGGAGAUCGCUGGCAGGAGCCGCCACCAGAAGCCACAGACCCCAUAGAGACCCGACUGUCACCUUAGGCAUGGCCACUCUGCCCUCUGGCCCCACCUUACGUGGGGAGAAACCACUCAGAGAUGGGUCCCCUUCCCCGAAGUUCAUGUAGCAAAAGGGCAGGGCUCCCAGGCCCUCUCACCCUCCUGACUCAGGAUCCGGGGUGGGGGGGAAGGUGGGGGGUUCCCCAGCCUUCAGUUCCAAACUGGGCCGACACCAGGAGCCCUGCCUUCCCCGCAGACCCAACUGCUGGGGCCCCUCUGCCAUCUUCUACCUCCACCUCAGUCCCCUCCCCACUCGACGCCUGGGUCUCACCUGCCUGGGCCCACCCUCUCCCCUGGCCAGUGGGAAGUACAGGGUGGGUGAGAGGAGGGCCCUUGCAGACUUGGUGCCCAGCACAUGGUAGGCCCUCAAUAAAAGCCAGCUGGUAUGUGCACUUUA